GGCUCAUGGUGGACUCGCGGGCUUUCACAUCACCUCCUGCCUUUCUUCACUUGCUCUCCUGUGGCGGGGUUGUUCGUGUCCUUCUUUCUCUAACAGGACUGAUUAUUAAGUCACUGUGCUCGGUGAAGUCGCGCGAAACCGCUCCAGUGUUUGCGCUCGAAUGAGGGAGAAGCACGAGAUCAAUAGUCUGAACCCGCUUCAUCUUGGACCUCGACGAGGAAGAAGAAUCGAUCAGAACGGUGAUCGUUCUUUUCUUAUCUGGCGGCCUUCACUUCCACUGUAUGAUGGGAUCUUUUCGGCGUCCCAGGCCACGCUUCAUGAGCUCACCAGUGCUGUCGGACCUGGCCCGCUUUCACGCCAGCUCACCGACUCUGCAGCUCUCUAAUGCAAGUGUCUGGAACAGUGUGCAGACCGCUGUCAUCAAAGUAUUCCAAGGAGGAGGGCUUCAGGCCAAUGAGCUGUACAGUUUAAAUGAAAGCAUCAGGUGGCUUCAAAGGACAGAAUUGGGUUCCUUCAUCACAGAGUACUUUCAGGAUCAGCUUUUAAACAAAGGCCUGGCAUGUAUAUUGGAGAAAAUUCAGCUUCACGAGGAUGAAAACUGGCUCCAAGCUUUGUCGGAGAUGUGGGUAGCAUUUUUCACUGAAAUCCUGCCAACGCUUCAGGCUAUAUUCUAUCCUGUACAGGGCCAAGAGCUGACGGUGAGGCAGAUGGCUUUGCUUGGUUUUAGGGACCUGGUUUUGCUGAAGCUUCCUCUGGAGAAAAGGCUGCAUACUGCUUCUUACCCUCCUGCUAUAAUGCAGAUGCUGCUUAUACUACAGGGCAUUCAUGAGCCUGGAGGGCCUAGUAAAGAGUACUACCUUCUAGAGAGACUGGUGGACAUGGUGAUUUCACCCUACCUGAGCAACUAUCUCUACCUGAGCCACAGGGACACCACUUCAGACUGUCAUUUGGAACAAUCGAAGUUGACAUCCUUGCCGCACUAUGGCCAGCCAGAGAUCACAGUCACACACUUUGCUCCAGAGUCAUUGCUGGCUCCACUCGUUGAGCAUGAAGGUGAGGCUUAUCUGGAGAGGACUGUGGGCGUACGACGGCACACAGUUGCUAACAUUCAGUCGGACAUCCAGCUUCUCUCUGUCACAAACAAAAUGCACAUUGGAGAUGCUGAUGGCAGUGGGAGUGGCCAAGGGACUAAAUCCGGCAGAUGUGGUUCUCCCAAGCCGUUCUCAAGUGAACCAGUCAUGGUGGACUCGCGAUCAGCUGCAUCACAAUCUCUGAGGUGACAGAGCCCUGCUCACAUGAGCUGUGAACUGGCCAGUUGAUGUGUCCUAGAGGACUAGGGAGUACCCUAAAUAUGCUUGCCGUUGUGCCCUAGAUCAAAAGCCCAUGUGGUCUGCUAUUUACUCACAGUAUGUGGCCUGCGGUAAAACAAAAAUCAGCAUCAUUCACACCAUACGAUGAAGCAUCAUAAGUCAUCCCUCCCCACGACUGACCAUGCCAGCAGGUACUUUGUUAAUCACAUUAGUGGCAUCAUGUGUCCAGUGGAAAAACACUUGCUGUACAGCAUACAGUGGAGUUAUAUGUAACACAAUCUGUGAAUAAGUGUAUUGUACGGGUGUUUUAAGAGUACAUUUCUGUACAAAAAUUUGCACAUGUACUCGUUUUCUCAUGAAGUAGUAAACAGCAAAGUCUGCUAAAAAAUUUCUGCAGCAAUUUCUUGUGAGUGAUGGCUUAUAUUAUAUAACUAAAGAGUUGUUGUUCAAUACAGUUGUUUAUCCACUUUUAAAGCAUGGGGAAAAGGAAUGUAUAAAGAGCUAAAAAAAAAGGAUCUGUUCUCAGCCAAGUCACCACCUAUGCAGUUCUCUAAGAAGCAUGCUUUUUUCUGCUGUGGAAGUCUCAAAGCUGUGUGGAAUUUCAGCCCUGCUGAGCUAACAGAGUUUACAUAGCUGCAGUAAGGCAGGGGUGCACAACUUGUGCUGGCUGGCCAGAGUUCAGCACAGUUUGGUGGUUUUCCUUCUGUAACACAACUUCUAAGCUUUAGUAUGAUUGGUUCAGUCCAUGACAUGAAUGUUGCUAACAACACAUUAACGUUAAUAUCUGCCAUUGUACAAUAGCAUUGUUAAAAUUACAUCAUGUUAAUAUCUGCUAACAGUGACUAGCAUUACCUCAAAUGACAGAGCUGUUUUUCUUUAACUGAUGAGUUAAAUCCGGUGUGUUUUGUGCAGAAAAUUGCCAAACUGGACUAGACUGGAGUUGUGCACCUCUACAGUGAGAUCUUGUUCAAAACCUUACUGAGCCCUCAGCUGUAUGGGAUUAAGGACUUAAGUGCACUUACUUACACUUUCUGGUUUCAAACCAUUUUAUAUUCUCUUUACUGUUUCUUUGUAGUGGAGUAGCACAGAAAUAGUAGCACCUCUGGGAAAUUUAAUGAUUUUAUUUCAAGACAUAUUUAGUGUUUGAUUAGUGCUUGAUAAUUACAUGUGACUGUUUUAUGAUGAAUAUGGGUGUACAAUUUUGGUUAUUAAGUACAAAAUAAUAAAAUAUUUCAUUGAGCAA